AUAAAAAUGAUGGAAGUACAGACUUCAAGCAAAAAUAGAGGAAUUCCUGAUGACUGUGAUUUCAUUACUACCAUGUUUUCCUGGUCUCUUGAGGACAUUUACAAUGAUCAACUUUUCAAGGUGGCAGCAAUUCCAGAUUUGUUUGAAUCGGUUGAGCAUUAUUUUUCAUCAUAUGUACUUCCCUUAUUGGAGGAAACACGGGCACGGCUGCAUUCAAGUAUGGAGAUUAUUUCCAAAGCACCAACAUCUGAAGUUAUUUCAUUGUCUCGGAGCAGGCGUAAUCAAACAUUGUUUUAUGAUAUUAAGAUUGAUUAUUGGAGAAAUGGUUUCAGUGAUCGCCGCAAGGAGUUUUACAAAACAUUGCCUGGAGAUGUUGUUCUUCUGGCAGACAUUAAACCUGAAACCGUUUCUGAUUUGCAAAGGGCGGGAAGGACAUGGACUUUAGCUCUGGUCACCAAUAUACCAGAGGAUGAGAUUGAGGAUGCUAGUGCAUCAUCUACUCGUUUUAAAGUCAGGCCAUCAAAGGACAUUGGAGUUAUUGAUGAAAUGCAGAAAUCUUUUGUUGUGAUUUUCUUGACAAAUAUGACCACUAACAGAAGAAUAUGGAAUAGAUUGCACACAUUUGGAAAUUUGGAUAUCAUUAAGGAAGUUCUGUGCCAUAAUUCAAUGGUUGAGGAAAAUUGCAGCCUCUGUUCCAUGCAGAACAAUGGAACCUGGGAUGAAAAUAUCGUUAUGAAUCUAUCAUCGACAUUGAAUGAAUCUCAAACUGAGGCAAGUUUGGCUUGUCUUUGUAGAACGCAGUGCAAUCACAGGUCUGCUGUGGAACUUAUUUGGGGCCCUCCAGGGACAGGGAAAACUAAAACCAUUAGUAUGUUUCCCUUUACCCUCUUAAGGGUGAAAUGUAGGGUCCUGAUUUGUGCCCCAACCAAUGUUGCUAUAACAGAAUUGGCUUCUAGGGUCCAAAAGUUGGUGACAGAAUCUUCUGAAACAGACUCAGCAACUGAUGCUUUGUUUUGUUCUUUAGGAAAUAUUCUUUUAUUCGGGCAUAAAGACAGGCUCAAAGUCAACUCAGAUAUUGAAGACAUAUAUUUGGAUUAUCGUGUUAAGAGGCUUACAGAGUGCUUUGCACCUUCGACUGGUGGGCGGUACUGUUUCACUGCGACAAAAAUUUUUUUUGAAGAUUGUGUUUGUCAGUACUAUAUUUUCUUGGAAAAUGAAUUGAUCAAAGAGCAGGAUUAUGAUCAGGAAAAUAAGAAAAAAGAUGAAAGUUGCAGUAAUGGGGCUGAUGUUUGCAGUGGAAAGCAUAAAUCAUUUCUUGAAUUCAUGAGAGAAAGAUUCUGCUCUACUGUAUCACAACUGAAAAGAUGUUCACAACUGAAAAGAAUGUUAUCCUUAACUAUCACUCAUAUACCUGAAAGCUACAUUCUGAAACAUAAUAUUCAAAGUUGUAAAAACCCUUGUUAUUUUACUGUGCUCUUUUGA